AUGUCACAACAGAAUGAUCAACAAAAUCAAUCGCCAAAUUCAAAUUUGUCUAGUUCGCAAACCGCUAAUGCAAAUAAUAAUACAACGAACGAUCAAUUUUCAAAUUUUCAGAAGAGUUCACAACAAACACAACAGAUUACGGCGCAAAAUCAACAGUCAUCACUGCAACAACCACAAACAUCACAAACUACUACAACUCCUCAACUACAGCCAGCCACAAGUCAACCAUCACAAGUUUCAGUUACUGUACCAGUACGGCCUGUAAGUGUUUCUACAAAAGGUGGGAAUGCAAAGAAAAAAACUGGUGGUAGCAAAAAGGCGAGUGGGUCACGUCCCAAAACCGCAUCAACAGAGAAAAAUGAUGAUUCGAUGUUGCCUCAGGCUUUGUCUCAAAUGGCAACCGAUUAUUAUAACCAGGCUACUCAGCAUGGAGGACAAAACACACCAGAAGGUCAGCUAUAUCUCAAAAAGUAUAUGGAUACGGUACAAGCUUUGGAACAGCAUCAGCGAAACAAUCAACAUGCUAGUUUUUCAUUUGUUCCGCCAGCGAGCCAAAUCACGUCGCCGGCAACUACCCCUUCUCCCAAUCAGAUGUCUCGCAUUCCUGCCACUAUGCCGUCCGUACCUUCGCCAAUGCAUAAUCAUCAAAAUAAUCCACAGAUAGUUGCUAGGCCGCAGCAACAUCAACAUCAGCAACAUAUGGUUGGACGAGGACCACCAAUAAAUUAUCAGCAAUUAACAGCUCCGAGAGUAACAAAUCCUACGAGCGGUCCUUCACAAACAACAUAUACGACAAGACCUUAUAAUAUAAGACCGCAGCAAAUGAUAUCUCCAAUACCUGAUUCUCAACGAAUGAUGACGAUCAAUACACAUGGGCAUUCGGGAGCGACAGGGUCUCCAACAACUCAACCUAUCCAAUCACCCAUUAUACCUUCUUCACCACUAACAAAUAACAUUGCGGAAGGAUCAAUGAUUACUACUAUGCAGCCACAAACAAUACAUCAAUCACCAAGAUUACAUCAACAGACUCAAUCACCGGGAUCACAACCACCACCUCAAUCACCACGACAACCCCUAUCACAAUCACCUCGACCUCAUCAUCAAAUACAGCCUUUGCCUCAAUCACCUCGAACACAGCACCUUUCUCAACUGUCUCAAACACAACAGACACAUCUAAAUUCACAUGUAACCAAUCCUUUAAUGGAAAUUGAUUCCGUGCAAACGACAAUUAUUCCAAAACCUAUCACAGAUGGCAUUAGACAAAUUACGCCGAUAGCACCGGCAAACCCAAGUGGCCUUCCAUCACCACUACCGCAGCAUUUAUCUGUCACAAAUAAAUUACAAAUUCCGGGAGUAAAAAUGCACACUAUACCUAAUUUAGGCAUGAAUUUACCAGAAACGCCAGCAUCUUUGGAACAAGAAGAAAUAGAUAAACAUCCUUUAUCAAAACGCAAAAUUCAACAGCUAGUUGAUCAAAUAGAUCCCAAAGAGAGACUAGAACCAGAAGUGGAGGAUAAUAAUUGUCCACCAAAUCUUCCCAAGUUUGAUAGCAGCUUUGGAUUUUCUUUCAGCCAUAUUAACGUUUCUGUAAUUUACCUUUAUUUUCAGAUGCUAUUAGAAAUAGCAGAUGAAUUCAUCACUUCUGUAAGCUCCUUUGCGUGUCUUUUGGCUAAACAUCGAAAAUCUGAUACUUUAGAGGUUAAAGAUCUUCAACUCCAUUUAGAACGUAAUUGGAAUAUUCGUAUUCCUGGAUUUGCAUCAGACGAAAUUCGAUCUGUACGGAAAACUAUUGUACCAUCAUCACAUCAGCAAAAAAUGUUGGCGAACUUGAGGGAUCCGAAUGCAUUAGUGCAACAUUUAACCGAAUCUAAGCAAUUUUCUGAAGUCCAACUUGAAUGCAAUGAUUUAUAUCCAAGCCAGUUUGAUUUUAUUUUUGUUUGUAUCGAAAGCUUUAAGCGGCUUCGAUUUCACGAGACACUUCGGUACAAAAAACCUGUAUCCUAUAACCUCCAAUACUACACCACCUCUAGAAUCUCCCGAGUCGUGUGUAUUGGUGCAAUUACACUUAGAGCGAGGUUUCCUACCGAAGGCGACAUUAAAAAGUUCGAUAUACUAGAUAAAUUGUUUGCCAAUAUUCCUUUAGCGCAAGACUGGCGAAAUCCAUUUAAUUAUUCGAAAGCAGGACUCCUUACAGAUAGAGGCGAACAUGAACUAUACCUGUUAGGGAAAAGAGCUCGUCAACGGUACUAUGAAUUCUGGAAUAAUCUCACAUAUGAUUCUAACGUUGUCGUAUUUCAGAGUUCAGCUGUUUCAAG